UGCGACAGUAACUUCACUUUCCGCUCACUGGAGUUGAAUUUGGACCGUAAACUGCUACACGACAACACGUUAAACAUGACCGUCAAAAGUUUAACAGCAGCACUGAUUCGGUAUUCUUAGACUAGAGAGUCACUCAAGGAAACAUCACGCUUCGCCGUUAUUGCUUUGAUCGCCAGCAAAGCCAGACAACUUGUGUUAGCCACCUAGCUAAUGUCCGUAAUAGCUAGUCAGCUACUAAAUACUAUUAGCUAAGAUAGAUAACGCUAACUCAUCAACGGUCAAACAGGAGUCUCCAGAUUCUCUCAUAACGAUUGUACAAAUAUCGAAUAUUUUCAGUUAGCGUCGGCAAGAUAGAUAACAGCUAAGUAGCUAAUCAUAGCUAACUCGAAUUUCCAAACGUCAGGCUCGACGCCAGAGCAGAAGUUACCUAGGUUCGUAGAAUCUUCUCAUCUUCGGGGUUUGGUUUUUUUAUCCGAGGCGACUCUCAGAAUGACUGCAGACCUCCAGGCCAAGUAUACCAAACUCGCUCAAGAAUACUCGAAGCUCAGAGCACAGAACCAAGUUCUGAAGAAGGCUGUGGUGGAUGAACAAGCCAAUACCAACUCCCUAAAGGACGAUCUGAAGCAGAAGGAUCAGAGUCUGCGUAAGGCUGAGCAGGAGAUGGAUAGCCUGAGCUUCAGGAACCAGCAGCUGGCCAAGAGAGUGGAGCUACUGCAGGAGGAGCUACAGGCCAGUGAGACCAAAGGCAGGAAGAGCAAGAAUAAAGGAGAUUCUCCCUCCCAGCCAAGUUUUCAGACCCAGAGUGUGUUUGACGAAGAUCUGCAGAAGAAGAUUCAGGAGAAUGAAAGGCUUCAUAUUCAGUUCUUCGAGGCAGAUGAGCUCCACCGCCAGCAGGAGGCGCAACUGAGAGCCCGGUUAGAGAAGCUUGAGUGGGACACGGAGCAGCACCAGGCUGUGGUAGACAGCCUCACCGCCAAAUACACGGACACCAUCGAGAGGCUGCAGAAUGACAAGGCUCGUCUGGAGAUUAAGGUUCAGACACUGGAACGGGAAGCCAAGGACUGCAGACUUAGGACGGAAGAAUGCCAGCAGCAACUGCGCAAGUACCAGACAGAGCUGAGUAAUCAGCUCAAGCACAACAGCAGCGUCAUCCAGGAAAAAGUGCCCUUCAAUGAUACCAAAUUUGGUGACUACAACAGCUUGAAUGUUCCCCCACACAAUAGAAGACAUCAGCUGAAAGCGCGCGAUGCAGUCGGACAGGCUGUGGCCUUCGUGCAGGACCUGGUCUCUGCCCUCCUCCACUUCCACUCGUACACGGAGCAGAGGAUCCACAUUUACCCCCUGGACUCUUCCAUCGAGCCCAUCUCCCCCCUCAACCAGAAGUUCUCACAAUAUCUGCAUGAGAAUGCUGCAUAUGUGCGCCCCCUAGAGGAUGGUUUGUUGCAUCUCCAUCAGAGCGUCACAGAGGACACGGUCACUGUACUGGAGACGGUGGGAAAACUGCAGGACUUUUCCAAAUCCUUCUUCACUUACACAAGCUUUCUGCAGAAGAUCCUCCCAUAUCAGCUUAAGAGCCUGGAAGAGGAGUGUGAUGUGCCUCUCUGCACGGCGUCUCUCAGUGCUAAGAACCGUGAGCUCCAGGCCGAUAUGAAGCGUGUCACUUCAGUCUUUGAGAAGCUGCAGAGCUACAUCAGCCUGCUGGCCUUACCCAGUGUGCGUUCGGACGCCAUGCCCCAGAGCAGCUCGUGUGCCGUCUUUACCCAGCUGGCUGCCUGCUUACACGGCCUGCAUGACGCCACCAGGGAGCUCUCCAAGCACUACAGCCAGAAAGUGGUUCUGGAGCAGGAGCUGCCCACCGUUACCCAGAAGCUGCGCACCACGAAUGAGUGCUUGCUGUCCUCCCUGGCCUCACUGACCAGCUGCACCAGCAAAAUCGCCACGUUCUUCAAUAACAACCUGGACUUCUUCGCUUCGUCGGCCGGCUAUGGGCCGCGAGCCGGUGUGGGCAACCUGAACCCGCUGCAGACAGAGACCAUGCUCAGAAACAAGAAGCAGGCAGCCGCCUACAUCCACACACUCAGGAGGGCACGACCUGUGUCUGUGCCGUAUACGGAGGCGCUCUGCAACCGCCGCGUGCUCACCAGCUCCACUGAGAGCAGGCAGGGACUGACGCAGCAGGUGCAGCAGAGUCAGGAGAAGAUCGCGCGGCUGGAACAGGAGAAGGAACACUGGCUCCUGGAGGCACAGCUGGGCCGCGUACGGCUGGAGAAGGAGAGCAAGCGCAUGGCCCAGCUGGAGGCCCGCCUCUCUGCCCACCUGUCGGAGGACGCCCCCCGGCCAAGCCCCCAGGACGGCCUGCUCGACCUCGUGCAGCCCGCCGACCCGGAAACGGAAGAGAGGACAGGCAGCGAGGUGUCUCAGAGCACCAGUAUGAUUGGAAUGCUAACCACAAUUCCUACCAGUGAGAGUGUUGGAGAUGAGGAGUCUCGGGAGCACCUGAUCAAGACCCAUUACAUGACCCGAGUGGCUGAGCUCACCACCCAGCUCCAGAUGUCCGACAGCAAGGCCGUGAACUUCCAUGCCGAGUGCCGGGCACUUGCUAAACGUCUCGCCAUAGCAGAGAAAACUCGCGAAACUCUGACUGAGGAUAUGAAGCAAGCCAAUCAGAACGUUACACGACUGCAGGAUGAACUGAGCACGACCAAAAGGAGCUAUGAAGACCAGCUGAGCAUGAUGAGCGACCAUCUGUGCAGCAUGAAUGACACCCUCAGCAAACAGCGAGAGGAGAUCGACACGCUCAAACUUGGGAACAAGGGUAACUCUAAGAAGAACAAGGGCCGGUAGUGGUCAGCACCAGGAUGAGUGGAGGAGAGUCAAGCUGGAAUGAACACAUUAUAUAUAUAUAUAUAUACACACACACACAGCACCUGAACAACAGAGACACAUGGCAUUCAACUUAUUGCUGGACAAACUUACCACAUUUCCAUGAAGACGGAGAAUGUUAGUGAAGGGCUUACUUCUGUGUGUUGGGGAGAUGCUUCUUCAUUUCCUGGGUCAGAACAGUUUGAAGAUAUUGAUGCUUCUCGUGUGUGUGAUGUGAACAUGCACGUUAU